CGUUGUUCUCCGAGUGAAGAAAGCUUGUCGCCCGUAUAAAAAUGCAAUCCAUUCUUCACUCCUAUUAGGUCCCUUCAUCAUGAUCACGAUGUUUAUCUCCAUUAAAUGUGUCAUUUUAUUUAUAAAUAAUAAUAAAUAUAAGUAUUUAUAUACAAGCGUUCAGGUGGGACAUGAUUGAGAAAACAAUCAUGAAUAUAUAUAUAUAUAUAAGUAAAUGCAUUUAUCCAAGUAGGUUCGAAAAUAUUUUGAAAAUUGGUAUGGAUAAAUAUUAGAUGCGAGAGUAGACAUUGAAAAAUUUUCAAUCCAAGUUUCACGUCUAGAAUGAUCUCCAAUCGUCUAGACAAGAAUGAUGAGGUCGUCAUGGCAGCAGAAGGUUGGCUGGACUGAAAAAGGCAGUUGUGGUGGCAUUCAAUCACAGUCAGCCGGGACGACAGGCCGAAAAGUCUAUCAAAUUUUAGUCCAUUUUAUAAUUAUACUCAUUAAUUAUUUGAAAGUAAAAUUCAAAGUGCCGCACUACAAUGACGGACCGUGGUCUCCUACUCUCAUUGGUGUCGACGAGGUCAUCAGGAUAUUCCCUCGCAGUGAGAAGUUCUUCCGGGUAUUCUGGAUCAACUCGAACGGCUGUAAGGUCUUCAUCAUACUCUGCUCCCACGGCAGUCCGAUCUUCAUCGUCCUCGUCCUCCUCAUCGUUUGACAGCAGCAAAGAAAAAAAUCGACCAAUCAGUGACGAUAAGUUAAGUGAGGAGUCCCUGGAUUCGGAAAGUGAAGACAAGAAGUCCAUGGAGUCUGAAUCGCUCCGGUGUUUGAGUCGAGGAUCCCUUUCUUGUUUGAGUCAACGAUCCCUUCCAUCUUCGAGCCAGGACUCUCUGGACGGUCCGAUGUCUCCCACCGUCAGUAAAACCAUGAUCCGAGCCGCGAUCGACAAGGUGGCGGCGAGACGAUUGACGGAAAAAGGCGUCCCCCGGGCUUGCUAUACGCCCAAAUGGAUUUCAAACAAAAAGGAUUAUAAUACGCAAGAUAAAAAGGGCCACAUGGCGUUAUGGGGGUCACCCUGCAAACCCAAGACGAAAGACCGAAUGGAGUUCCAGCGGGAGGAGUAUUUGCGAGAGCAGACGAAGUACGAAAAGUCGGAGGAUUUUCCUUAUGGAUCUAUUAUUUGAACCAUGGCAACCCAAAGUUGUCCAGCAUAGAUUCAAUUUCGGAUACAUGACCGAACCCGAACAACGCUACCUGUUCCCCUACAUGUUUGAAAAGGACGCUCCCCCACCGCCCGAUCCGCUCAAGGACCCCACCCUCAAACCCGAGCUGAAAUGGUUUAUCAAUAAAAUGAACCAGAUGAGCCACCUCGACUACGAACUUUGGAUUCGGGAGAUUCGCGACAAGAACGCCAAGUGCAAGGAGUGGCUGGAAAAGGGCGGCCGUGGCGUCGUCGCCGACCUGCUGGCGACGGACAAGGACGUGCGCCUCCACCCGGAAAAGAACAUGAAGAACAAGCCACCUCCUCCCCUAGCCUACAUUCGGCGUCGGUUCAAGAACUGGAUCAAGCACGUGCCCAUUGUGCCGAAUUAUUAAUAUUCUUAAAUUAAUGCAUGCUAUAUACUAAUACUGGUACAUAUCUACUGAAUAAUAUCUAUGUUAAUAUCAAAUCUGAUCCAUAUCUUAUGAAAAUUAUGAUAAAUAAAGUGCACCAAAUAAUUUCAUGCCAUA